GGAUGUUGAUACUAGCUGUGAGCACAGCGCAGACAGGAACAGCUGAAAAAGAACAACAAAGCUACGACGACGACGGCACAAACGACAGAUGUGCGUCUAAAAUACACCUUCGAUAUCGGUGACAUCAUCCCUGCCGGGGACCUUUCUUGCCACUGAAACAGAUUUGAGAAGUUGUAGUUCAGUCACUCCCAGAGACUUGGCGAUGGGACGCAUCUUCUUGGACCACAUUGGCGGAACGCGCCUCUUCUCCUGUGCCAACUGUGACACCAUCCUGACCAACAGGUCUGAGCUGAUCUCGACACGUUUCACAGGAGCCACAGGCAGAGCUUUCCUCUUCAACAAGGUGGUGAACCUCCAGUAUAGCGAGGUGCAGGACAGAGUGAUGCUUACCGGCAGACACAUGGUGAGGGAUGUCAGCUGCAAGAACUGCAACAGCAAGCUGGGUUGGAUCUACGAGUUUGCUACUGAGGACAGUCAGCGGUACAAGGAGGGACGUGUCAUACUGGAGAGGGCGCUCGUCAGAGAGAGUGAGGGCUUUGAGGAGCACGUCCCCUCAGACAACUCAUGAGCCCCUAACCUUGGAUUAACUCCUCUCCCUCUCCUUUAUCCCCUUGCCUCAGCGCUGCACACCGCCACCUGCAGACUUAGUGGUCAGUGAAGUUCUGGCUUCACUCCCCACGCCCCUUUCCCUGUCUCUGGCCUAUGACCUUAGACCUCUGCUGAUUAGAAGAUUGGUUUGCUGGCUCUAUUCUUGCUGAAUAGGCAUCCCCAAAAUACUUCCUGAUUUAUGUGUCACAGGGCACCACCCCAAAACAGCUGGGGACACAGAUAGGGAGUUGUAACUUCACUUGUUUAAGUAUUUGUGCACGGUCACACAGAAUUUUCACCAUCUACGCACAAGGCAUGCUCCACACUUUUCCUUAUGGUAUUUAAACAUUAAUGCAUGAUAAUAGACAUCGUCAGUCAUUUAAAAAAAAAAAAAAACAAUCACCCGGUUGUUUUGUUUAUGUAGGUAACUCGAGUAGAUCUGAGUAUGUUCAUCAUCCAGACAUGGGCAAAGCAAACAGCCCACUCUACACAGCAGUGUUAAAUGAACCAUUGCUUUAAUGGGGCUUGUGCUUCUGUGUUGUCAACUUUGUCUCAGUGUAUUUGUCACUGGUGAGCACUGAAUGCAGUUAAGACCUCAAUAGUUAGUAGUUAAUUCUAUAUCGGUUACCUUUUGUUAGCGGUAUUGUGAUAAAUGUAAUAGUGUUUAAAAUCUUUUUCUCAUUCAAAUGAUACCGUAAACACCGCACAGAUUGAUGUCAUAUUUAAAUAUUCGUUGUUGUGUUUGACGAUGAGUUUUAUUUCGAUCUUGCACACAUGAUGUGCAUUUAUUUUGAUUGGCAUGACUUUCUUGAAAGGUACACAAAGUCUCCCAUUCUUGCAGUUCACAGUGUGGAAGUGAUCUCCUGUACAGUAGAAAAUCAUACACUUGAUCCUACAAUUUAAUUCAGUUCUACCACUCUCCAUUUGUUAGCAUGGAUUCUGUGCCUGUGUGAUGUGCCGUGUGAAGAGCAACGUGUCACUUUGGUGACUUAUGAGGAGCAUGUACCUUCCAGCCAUGUGUCUCGAGUAUGACGGUGGAGGAAUGUGUCUGAGACGUGAUGGAGACAUUCUCUGGCUGCCUUCUGGCUUAAGGACAGGAUUAUGAGAGGAUGGGUCAUGCAAGCGUUCGAAAGUAGCCAACUCUGGGAGACAAUGGGAGACAAGCAUACAGACAGCCUCUUAAAAAAUUAACCAACAGCAGACAUUCUCUUACCAGCUAAUACAUUACAAUGUUGACACUGAAAAAAUAUGUUUAAAUUGAGUUUGACUGUAUUCCAUUUGUUUAAACACAGUCGACUGCAGAUGCCGUCUCCUACUUUCGGGAUAGUGACCCAACCUCUUUUUAUAAUCCUCGGCUUAGGGCAUAUUUGGUCAUAAGAUGACUUGUUUCUUACAACACAAAGCCAAACAAGCUUUAAUGGAGUAUGAGUCUUUAAAGUUGAGCUUUUGUCCUCUGACUAUGCCAGAGCCUCCAUUUUAUAUUGUCAGUGUCCUGUGAAGAUUUCAACCAAAAUGUCAAAUCUCAAUCUCCAUGACAUUUGAGUUUAUUUUUGGAGUGGGUUAUAGCACGGCAUCAUGGCCCUGGUGUAAUAUUGUGCCAUUUCAGAGUGUGCCUGCCUGCAGGCGUACCGGAGUGGUCCAGCCUUCACUAGUGACAUUGUUAAUAUUUUUGCUUGCCUUUACAAGGUCAUGCAAGAAAGUGCAAGUUACCAUUUCAACAACAACAAAAAAAUCACUAUAAAUGGCUUCUACAGGACAAUGACAUAUCCCUAAAUCAGUGCAGUGUACAGUCAAUGGCCAUGACAAAAUAUUGUUAUUCUGUUGUUCACUUUUACCAUUUUAUUGAUAGGCCUUUGUUUUUAUUUGAUUUACUCUAUAUGAUUAUUAUUUUAUUGACUGAUACAUUUAUCUUAUUGUAUAUUUUUUUUUGAUUGGAGGUUUGGAAAAAGUUUUCUUGUAUGGCUAUAGCAAGGUUUUCUCUGAUGUGAUUUCUAAAUAAACAUGUAGUCUUGCUGGGUAAAA